AGCUGGACUUUUUGCUUUUUGGUUGCAUUAUCCGCAGGCAGGCUAGCUGUGCAGUGGAUAAUCUGAAUUUUGGCGUAGCCAGUACUGCAAGGCUAUAGCAGUGGAUAUUUUCUGACUUUUGGCUUAGUCAGCACUACAACAUGGGCGAUGUUGCAGCUUGAAUGUGCAGUUUCCAGACAUGCUGCAGACUGACUACACUGCAUGUACUGUGCAGAAAGCUCGGCCACAAGUGCCCGAGGGGCUCAACAGUGUGUUGCUGGGAUACCUGCAGAGCUAAGACACUCCACUGCAUGCGCAUAUGCCGGCUUGCACUGGAUAUUAAUUAGAUCUAUGGCUAUAGACGUAGACAGAAGAGAAAUACUGGUUGCAAUGAGCCUGGAAUCGAUUGAAGAAGAGGAGGUGGUUGGACGUAAUGAGAGAUUUGGUCUGGGAGGUGGUCUCAGUGAAAUGGACUUCCUCACCAGACAGAGAUAUUUGGAGAACUCAGGUCUCCCAGGUACUGUCAGCCACACAGUGAGCGUGGCUGCUCAACCCAUAGAGCCCAAGGUGUCUAGCUCUCAUGAGCUUCAUAACUUCAUUCAAAAGCAACGUAAGAUUAUCACUACAUUCAGAGCACAACCGUGGCCCAUGCAAGUGAAACUGGCCGCUCUAAGGAGCUACAAGAGAAAUCUCCACAAGCACGUUAACAACUUGAACACACUAGACACUUUCAGAGAUUCCUCAAGCUUGGCACUCACCAAGGCCAAGCGCCUGUGGCAUAUUGUAACACGGACCCUCACUGUGUGGAACACUAUCAUCAAGAGAAUAGAAGGGAACUUUGGUACAACUGUUGCAUCUUUCUUCGACUUCCUCCGCUGGAUGUGUGCUCUCAAUUUGGUCCUCACAGUGUUUGUGGUCUGUUUCAUUGUACUCCCUCAGCUGCUUGUUGGUCAUGGUCUGGAUGUUCCCGAUAGUAUCAGAGGGAACACUUCUGCUUUCUCAAUCGUCAUAGAUGGAAGAGGAUAUGCAUUUGAGUAUUCAGUUCUAUUCUACGGCUACUAUGACUCUGGUCAGAACGAGUCCUACACUGCACCUCCUGCUAACAAAGAGCCCUACAUUGGAUUCCAAUACAAACUACCGUUAGCCUAUCUACUUGUGUCUGUGGGCCUCUUUGUAAUAUGUGGAGCUGCCAUACUUUCAAAUAUGGCUAGGAAGCUUAAACUAUUCGAGCGUGCAAAUGUGGGUGAGCAGUUCUUAUUCACAUCGAAGGUGUUCGCUAGCUGGGACUUUGCCAUCACAUCUCUUAAAAUGGCUGCUGUAAAGAGAAAGAAAAUUGGAAUAGCUCUCAAGGAAACUAUUGCUGAGGCAAAGAAAAAAGAAGAAUCAGGAAUAAAUGUGUGCCGCUGGAUUAUACGAGGUUUCACUAACAGUUUUCUGUUUAUUAUUUUGGCUGCCUCGAGUUACGCUAUCUUCCUUGCUGUGGAGAAUGCAGAGAGCGUUGAUCAGAAUACAGACAUUAUGGAGGCCCUGUAUCAAGGCUGGAAUGGAAUACUUCAACUCGUUCUUUUAUUCCAGGUUCAACUUGUUAUUGUGGCUCGUAAUUUCCUCAUUCCGUGGUUGUUUAGUCUGGCUGCACUGAUGGAGAAAUUUCAUCCGAGGACGGCACUCAAGAUGAUGCUCUUAAGGAUGUUUGUAUUAUACUUCUCCAGUCUGUAUGUGCUAGUGAUAGCACUGUUCACACUCGGUAGUACCUGUGAGAGCCCUCAUUGUUGUUGGGAGACUAUCAUUGGACAAGAGCUCUACAAACUGACCUUCACCAAUCUCCUAGCUGAUCUAGCCACGAUUUUACUACUGGAGGGGAGUCGCUGGGUACUCAGCAACCUCUACUGUAAGCAAUGCUCCAAGCUGAACACACUCUACAACAAAUGGAUUGGACCUAGUGAGUUUCAUGUGGCUGACAAUGUGUUAAAUCUGGUGUACGGGGAAGCAUUGAUUCUGUUUGGAGUGUUGUUCUGUCCUGUACUAGUCGGUAUCGGCUUUGUAAAGAACGUGGUAACCUUCUACGCUCGAGCAGGAGCAGUUAAUUUCUUCAACAAACCUCCUGCAACACUUUUCAGGAUAGCCUCCACACGAAACUUCUACAUGGGCCUACUUCUAAUCACCGUGUUUAUGUGUGCACUGCCAGCAAUCUAUGCUGUUGUGGAGCUUGUACCGUCCAACAAUUGUGGUCCAUUUAGAGGCCUACCCAACAUGUUGCAUGUGGUUGUGAAUGAAAUUGCUACGUGGCCGACUGCUCUACAGAUAAUUGUUGGCUACUGUCGAAGGCCUACUGUUAUUGUACCACUCAUUGCCUUGCUAUGCAUAGCGAUCUACUAUUAUGCGGGGCACUCGAGUGCACUGAAGGAAGCAAUCAAAGACCUGAGGCUACAAUUAAGAGUGGAGCAAAAAGAAGCUAGAGAAAGAGUAAAGAGAGAUGCUGCAUUAGAUACCACUGGAGAGAGGGUUGUACCAAUAAAGAUAACACAGAGGCAUAAGAAGCUUCAUCAGGCCAUUCAUGUUGAGCUCAACAACAAGUUUAAAAAUCAAACUCAGGAGACCAGUCAAAACAACGCACCAGAGUACCAAGGAGCAGGACUGUCGUGGCUGGAGAGUCAGGUGGCCAGGAGGGGAAGGACCAGGAGAAUAGUGUCUGUGAGACAAAGGCCAGAGCUACCUUGGAACAUUGCCCACAGCAGCACUGAUAAUUAGCAUUGAACUAUGCGAACAUGUACAGUAUAACCAUGUACGUAUUAAUGUGUAGAUUCUUUGUGUCCAACAACAAAUAAAUUAAUGGCCAGCACAAUUAUUAUAAUCAGACA